AUGAAGUUCGGUCGCACCAUCAAGACCUCGCUCUACGCCGAGUGGGCCGACAAGUACCUCCAGUACUCGGAGCUCAAGAAGGAGAUCAAGAGUCGCAUGGCAAAGAACAACGGCACUUGGACAGACAAGGAUGAGGACGAGUUCGUCGCCAUCCUCAGCAAGGAGCUCGACAAGGUCUACGACUUCCAAAAGGUCAAGGUCAAGGAGCUCGCCGAGCGCAUCAAGCAGGCCCAGGCCGAAGUCAACCUGCUCGUCUCGUCGCGUCCCAACUCCUCCACCUCGCUCCCUUCGCGCGCCAACUCUCGCCCCUCGUCCCGUGGCGGCUCCGAUACCGAGGGCGAGGACGGAUCGCAUCGCAAACGCAGAAGCGUCGGCCCGGAUGGCAACAUCGUCUACGCAGCUCACGACGCCGGCUCCGACGACGAGUUCGACACGGACACCGAGGACAGCGACGCAUACGAGGAGCGCUUCCUCGAGCUCGAAGAGCGCCUCGCCAUCAUCAUCGCAGACGUACACGACCUCGCCCUCUUCACCAAGCUCAACUACACCGGCUUCCACAAGAUCGUCAAGAAGCACGACAAGCAGACCGGCCGUCUUCUCCGCAAGGAAUUUGUACAGCACUACCUCUCCUCGCGCCCCUUCUACAAGGAGAACUACGACCAGCUCAUCGUCAAGCUCUCCAAGCUCUUCGACCUCGUCCGUACCCGCGGCAACCCCGUCCAGGGCGACUCGAGCGCCGGCGGCAACCAGUCGGCCUUUGUGCGUCAGACCACCAAGUACUGGGUGCACCCCGACAACAUCGUGCCUCUCAAGCUCGUCAUCCUCAAGCACCUUCCCGUCCUCGUCUUUAACUCCGAGAAAGAGUACCAGCAGGAGGAUUCGGCCAUCACCUCGAUCUACUACGACAACGAGGACCUCGAGCUCUACCUCGGCCGUCUCGAGAAGACGGAGGGUGCAGAGGCCAUCCGUCUGCGAUGGUACGGAGGCAUGGACAACAAGCAGAUCUUUGUCGAGCGCAAGACGCAUCGCGAAGACUGGACCGGUGAAAAGUCGGUCAAGGCGCGCUUCCCCAUCAAGGAGGAGAACGUCAACGCCUGGAUGCGUGGCGACUACACCAUGGACGAGACCUUCGAGGCGCUUCGCAAGAAGGGCAAGAAGUCCGACAAGGAGAUCGACUCGAUGCUCCAGCUCGCCAACGAGGUGCAGUACUCGGUGCUCACGCAAAAGCUCCAGCCCGUCAUGCGCAGCUUCUACAACCGCACCGCGUUCCAGCUGCCCGGCGAUGCGCGUGUGCGCAUCUCGCUCGACACCGAACUCUCGCUCGUGCGCGAAGACAACUGGGACGGCCGCCAGCGCGCCGGCCACAACUGGAGGCGCAUGGACAUCGGCAUCGACUACCCCUUCGACCAGCUACCCGCCGAGGACAUUGAGCGCUUCCCCUACGGCGUCCUUGAGGUCAAGCUGCAGACGCAGUUGGGCCAGGAGCCUCCGCAGUGGAUCCGCGAUCUGGUCUCGAGCCAUCUCGUAGAGGCCGUGCCCAAGUUCUCCAAGUUCAUCCACGGAUGUGCCACCUUGCUGCCCAACCGCGUCGACCUGGUUCCUUUCUGGCUGCCGCAGAUGGACAUUGACAUCCGCAAGCCGCCCACUCACCACCUCGCCAUCGAACGACCCAGCUCCAUGGUGCACAGCCCUGCCGGCUCGUCGCGACCCGACACGCCUGCGUCGCGCUCGAGCCACCAGCCGUACAACGAGCCAGUUUCCGAAGACGAGUUCGAGGCAGGCGACGACGAGGAGGACCGCGGGCAGAUCAUGGCCGACGAGACACACGAGGCGGACAACGUCGGCAUCUCUGCCUUCGACCCGCGCAUCCGCGAGGCGAGAGAGGAGCGCGAGCGCAACAUCAAGCUGCGCCAGCAGGAGCUCGAGAGCCUGCGCAAGGAGAACCCGGACAAGACAUCCAACGUGGCUGGCGGCAUGCUUGCUGUGGCCUCGGCGGCGGUGGCGACCGAACGACGGGCGUCGCAGACCAAGUCCAAGGCGGCGGCGCCGUCGCGCGAAGAGAUCCUGGCGCCAUCGCAUCGGUUCGACAACCAGUUCUUCUCCAAGCUCACGCCCAAGAACAUCCAGAGGCUGUGGAGGACCAAGGGGUCGAGCCACGAGCACGACGAGGACCACACGGAUGCCGAGGCGGACGACGAGGACGAGCGUGCGCGACGCGCGCUCGAGGGGCAGGACGAAGAGGUGCCGCGUGGACCCAAUGUCGAGUACGUGCGCGACUUCCACGCGCAGCCGGGCAAGAAGGUGAGCGUGCCCAUCCGCAUCGAGCCCAAGGUGUACUUUGCCAACGAGCGCACGUUCCUCAAGUGGCUCGAGUUCAACGUGUACCUCUCGGCGCUCGCGGUGGGUCUGCUCAACUUUAGCUCGCCCGGCGACCGCACGGGUCUGAUCGCCAGCUCGUUCUUCACCAUCGUGGCGCUGGUCGGCAUUGCAUACUCGGGCGUCAUCUUUGUCAUCCGUGCGCUCAAGAUCCGCAAGCGCGAGAGCAGCCACAUUUACUUUGACGCGUACGGGCCCACGAUUCUGUGUGCGGCCAUCCUGUCGGCGGUGGUGAUCAACUUUGUCCUCAGGUUCACAGAGAGCCACCAACAUCGCAACCAGCGCGGCGUGCUCAACUGA